AUGGAAUACAGAACUGAUGGAUUGUCGUUGGCUGUAGGAAUAUCGACUGGCCAUGUAUUAUUAUACGAUUUAAGGGCUUCUAGACCUUGGCUUGUCAAAGAUCAUCAAUACGGAUAUCCGAUAAAAAACUUGAAAUGGUAUGAUGAUGUUAUUGGUGAUAAAGGAAGAAACAAAGUUAUUAGUGCUGAUUGUAAAAUAAUGAAAAUAUGGGACGCAGAAGAUGGUACAAAUUUCACAUCAGUAGAACCCAACACUGAUAUUAAUGAUAUAUGCAUUAUACCAGAAACUGGAUUAAUUUUUGUUGCGAAUGAAGGAAUGUUUAAAUUGAAUCAUUCGAAGAAAAUUGAACGUGUUGAUGACUCAUAUGAAAUAUUUAAUUUUGAUUGUCUAUUCCCCCAAUAUGUUAAUGAAUGGGCUGUGCCGAUCGAGUUUGCGGCUGAUGCUAUAAGAAAAUUGGAUGAAUGGAUUAAUAAUCGUCAAAUCAAAGUUCAUUUUCCAGUUGAGGUCAGGUUCGUCAAUGAGGAUGAUGUUUGGUUGAGUCCUGCUUAUAAAAGAAAAGUUUGCUUCAUUGGAAUUAUCAUGUAUAGACCAUAUUAUUUAUCGGUUCCUUAUGAGGAAUAUUGGGACGCGUAUGAAAAUAUUAUGAGAUCUUUUGAUGGCAGACCACAUUGGGCAAAGGCACAUUCAAUGACACCAAAAGAACUUUAUAAAACAUAUCCUAAACUAACUUUAUUUAUUGAGUUGCAAAAAAGGAGAAUAUGA